UUGGUACUGCACCUCUCCUUUGAUGCGUUAGAUGGAAAGGUUGCAAAGGACAGGUCGGAAUUCGGUAACGACGCAACCUUCAAAGGUUCACCCAAACUUGUUGAAGGCGUUUUCGGAAAAGCACUGGAAUUUGAUGGAAAAACUUCCGGGCAGAUUCCCGACCAUGCGAGUCUUGAUAUAGUCGACGGGCUUACCAUCGAAUUCUGGGCAACUAUUGAAGGCGGAGAAGCACUCCAGAGCGGCGUUGAAAAAGGGGCAGCUUGGGUUCCGGUCUGUAUAACCUUGCCGCGCUCUACAACGGUGGAACCAUCCUUCAGUUUCUUCGACUUACCCGAGCCGUGUAACGACGAUAAUAUUGGUCCCAGUAUCCAGGAUGGCGAAUGGCAUUUUCUCGCAGGAACGUGGGAUGGUAAAGAUAUUCUACUCUACAUUGAUGGCGAACUGGAAGCAGAGAUGCCGUGCAAGGGUGAGUUGAACCCGAACGACGAUCCCCUUUUUAUCGGUGCCCGCGGUGGCAGUGGACGUUUUCUCACCGGAGCCAUGGAUGAAAUCAAAAUGUACAACUACGCCUUAACCAAGGCAGAGUUGCUCAAGGAUAUGGAAGAGCCUGUCACGCUGCCUGUUAAUACACAGGAUAAAUUGACAACCGUCUGGGCACGUCUCAAAACCGACUAA